UCUGGGGCCCUGUCUGCUGGAGUGCGCUGAGUUGAUCCGCUCUGCUGGAGCUGCAAGCCACGUUUCUUCUCUUUGCACCUGUUGCUGUGGAGCUCUUGGACAGCCGUGGGGAGGAAGGAGCAAGUGUGAAGCUCCUUGCAAGGUGGCCACCACGUGAGCGCUCCUGGGACCCCCGGCGGCUUUGAGGCGUCUUGGCUGCCCAGCGCUCUGCAGAUAUGAACGCUGGGCUUUUCUGGCACGUUCUCGCUUUGGCCCCGUCGCUCUCACCAUGCUAGUACAUGGGAAGGAAGACUUCCUCUCCGACGUAGCGUACAUCGUCUUGGAGCUGGUCAUUGCCGUGCUGGCCAUCCUGGGCAACAUCCUGGUCUGCUGGGCGGUCUAUCUGAACAGCAACCUGCAGAACGUCACCAACUACUUCGUGGUGUCGCUGGCCGCCGCCGACAUCGCCGUGGGGGUGCUGGCCAUCCCCUUCGCCAUCACCAUCAGCACCGGCUUCUGCGCCUUCUUCUACGGCUGCCUCUUCAUCGCCUGCUUUGUGCUGGUGCUGACGCAGAGCUCCAUCUUCAGCCUCCUCGCCAUCGCCAUCGACCGCAUCAUCGCCAUCCGCAUCCCCCUCAGGUACAAUGGCUUGGUGACUGGCUCUCGAGCCAAAGGUAUCAUUGCGAUCUGCUGGGUGUUGUCUUUCAUCAUCGGCCUGACACCCAUGCUUGGGUGGCACAAACGCGCGCAGGUUGAAGAGCAGGGAGCCAACAAGUCCUCUCCCAUCAACUGCAGCAACAGUAUGGUGGUGUGUCUCUUUGAGGCGGUGGUCACCAUGGAGUACAUGGUCUACUACAACUUCUUUGCCUGCGUGUUGUUGCCUCUCCUCCUCAUGUUUGGUAUCUACUUGAAAAUCUUCAUGGCAGCCCGACGACAGCUCAAGCAGAUGGAGAACAAGAUGGUGCACGGGGAACGCUCACGCUCCACCUUGCAGAAGGAGGUCCACGCAGCCAAGUCUUUAGCCAUCAUUGUUGGGCUGUUUGCUAUCUGCUGGCUUCCACUACACAUUAUUAACUGCUUUACCCUUUUUUGCCCAGACUGUGCCCGAGCUCCCCUUUGGCUGAUGUACCUGGCCAUUAUCUUGUCUCAUGCCAACUCCGUCGUAAAUCCUCUGAUUUAUGCCUACCGCAUCAGGGAGUUCCGUCACACCUUCCGUAAGAUCAUCAGCCAGCACAUCCUGGGGCGGAAGGAGCCCUUCAAGGCAGGAGCAGCCAGCUCCAGGACUUCCACGCACGGUGGGGACGGCGAGAACGCCAGCAUACGUUUUGGUGAGUAUGCCUUGGAGGUGUACACCAACGGAGAGAUCCACAGGGAUCCCGAGAAGCAGGACUUGAACAAAUGCAAAGUGGCCUUGGAAUGGCACCAGAAUGGGAACGCUGUGGACAUGGAGACAAAUGGGCAUCUCCCACAUUCCUGCAAAAAUGGGGUUCUCUCAGAUGCGUGCAUGAACAGGGAGCUCCAGGGUGAAGAGCUACUUGAUGCCCAUAUCUCCUACUCAGAUCUAGAAAGCACAGCCUUUGCAGCAUCUGAUGUUUCCUGAUGACUCUUGCAAAGUCUUCCUGGUUGAAUUACUUUUUUUC